AAUUUUUUUUAAUUUUCUGUGUUUCCUCUUGCUGGAUAGUCAACUGUCAGAACAUUCUGAUUUUGUAGCAUGUGCCAGAAAUAGCAAUUUCCUUUGUGUCGAAUGCUAUAUGGGGGGUUGCAACACAUCCAAACUAUAUACAUACGUAUGCCUAUAUCCUCAGUCUCUUUAAAACUAUCGUUGGUUGCGGUUGUUCUCUGUGUUUUUGUAAAAAUUUCUCGUAGGAAAAACACAAAAUCUACAAUUAAAUUUUAAAAACGUUUAAGUCUCUUUAAACAGAGAGAAGAAGAGAGAGAAAACAUAUAAAUACUGAGUGAAAGGAUUAAUAAAAACCGUUAAUUAUAUUUAUAUGAACGAGAAGAUUUAGUAAACGACGCGAUUUAAAAAACAGAAACAAUCAUAGAAAUUAUUAUUUGCGAUACAUAAUCAUGGGUAUAAAUAAUGUUGGACCAGUUAUUUCUCCUCUCAGGAUGUCAUCAUGUAAUACGUAUGGCACAGGCGGUUUUAAUUGCUGCUGUUUUAGAUGUUGUACGUGCUUACAUAUAGAAUUUUUGAAAACACUACCGGGAAUUGUAAAAAUUUUCGAAACAAUAAUUAGUGGAUUAAUACAGAGCUUGCUCAUCAAUUAUGGUCUGAAAUAUAGCUCAUCUAUUGGUUCAGCUUUUGAGGGAUCAUUGACCGCUGCAUCUGCCUGUUUUUUAACUUCCGCUCUGUUACUUGCUUCUUAUACAAUUUCUGAAAAAACUUACAGAUUAAUUCGUUCAUCAUUAUUUGAGAUAAUGUUCAACUCUUUAGCCUGCUUCUUGUAUUUAAGUUCAGCAUCCUAUUUAGCAUUUGCUACAAAGUUAUUUCUAAUGACUGAGUAUUAUGUGAGACCCGGUUUCGACGUUUAUCCUGCUAUGACAGCCGCUUAUAUCUUAAGUGGCAUUGUGGGAAUGUUACAUGGAGCAGAUGCAUAUUUAUCUUUUGUGCAUUACAAAACUGGAAGAUAAAUCAUAACAAUAUGUUAAAUAUAUAAUUUUGCGAGACAAAGUAACAAUUAUAUAAAUAUUUGACCAUCAUAUACACACACACGCAGAGAGAGAGA